UUAUUCUUUUAGUUGUUCUAGCUUCUUGUAAAAUGACUAACAUCACAAAUUUAGAAAAAUGGGUAUAAAAACAGAACUACACCUUAAUCUUUUUUACUCGUGAUGAUUGUAAUCAUUGUUAAAGAUUGGAAGAAGAAUUAGAAAAAGCAUCUGAAAUGAUAAAUGUUGGUACACCUGGAAGUAUUGGUAUACCAGUAGCUAGAAUUAAGAAUUAUGAACUUAAUAGAUAUCCUAUUCUAAGAUUAUAUGUAAAAGGAUUAUACACAGAACAUUCAGGAGAAUGGGAAUAAAAAAAAUUAGAAUAAUGGGCAGAUUUAAGAGCAUUAUCAUAUAUUACAGAAUCUGAUUCAGAACCAACAAUAAGAUGGAUUCAUGAAUCUCAUAAUAUUAGUGUUUUAGUUUUUAAUGACUCAUUUAAGUAAGAAUUGAAAUGGCUUAAAACUUUAAAACAUCACAUUCAUUUUACUUAUACUACUUUACCUAAUGCUAGAUCAUUACUUAGUGUCGAUGAUGAGACAACACUUGUAAUGUUUACAGAAAAAGGUAUCAAUAGAUAUGAUUAUGAUGGAGAAAUUACUUAUGAAAAAGUAUUUAAAUUUGUUGAUGAUCAUGAAGAUAAAUACUAUUAAGAAUUCACACAAGAGUCUGUUGAAACUGCUUUUUAUGAACCUAAAAAACCAGUUUUAUUUAUUUUUGAUGAAAAAGAAUAUCGAGAUUUAGCUAAAAUACAUCAAAAAGAGUAAAUAUAAUAUCGAUAAUUAUAGGAUUAAUACAAUAUUAGUUAAAUUGAAUUAAGUAACAGACAGACUUUUAAAUUUCUUAGGAAUCAAAGGUAUUUAACGUCCUUUAGCAGUUAUUUAUGAUUAAAAUAACUCUUAAAAGAAAUUUAGAUCAUAAUUUUCAGAUUUAAAUGAUCUUAAAAAAUUUGUUAAUAAUUUCCUUAACAAUAAAUUACAACCUUAUUAUAAAAGUUAAACACCUAUUAAAAAUGAGAAUUGGGAAAAAUAAAUACUUACUGUUGUUGGUGAAGAUUUACCUAAACAUGAUAAUAUUUUUAUUUACUUUUAUUCAAGUUGGUGUAAGAUAUGCUAAUAGUUUACUCCUAUAUUUGAAUAAAUAUUUUUAAAAUAUAAGGGAUAAAAAGCUUUUGGUAUGUUUGAUGCAAGCGAAAACGAAGUAUCCUAAACAUUUUUAUUCAUAGGUUCAAGAUUAAUUCAUUAAAGAAGUUCCAAUGAUAAGAUGGUACAAUGCUAAAACAAGAUAAAUUGUAACAUUUGAUGGGCCAUUUACACUAGAAGCCCUUAGUGAAUUUAUUGAUAAAUAAGGAAAAAAAUCUGUUUCUGAUGAUUUAUGAUGUGUAAAAUAUAUAUUGUAUUA